AUGGUUCGCGCCGCUUCGCCUUCGUACAUCUCCUCGACCGAGGUGGAGCAGAUGAUUCUUUCGAGUCCGAAUCCCGAUUCGUUCCUCAUCAUCGGUAAGAUCUCACUCAGUCGGAGCAGUUUUUCGGCAUGAAAAGACCCCACAUCCACCCUCAUAGCCCACACGCCCCGACACUGAACCCCCACAUCCCCUUCCCACCUCAGACGUACGAACGUCCGAUUUCCCCGGUGGCAACCUCCCCCGAGCUUUAUGGCUCUCCUCCCGUCUCUUCUCCUCCCCCACCUCCGUUCAAUCCAUCAUUUCAACCCACAUCAAGCCUCGACUUCCUCAAGGCCUCAACACAGUGAUCAUGCAUUGCAUGCGCUCGCAAUAUCGCGGACCUAUGGCCGCUCAAGCGCUGUGUGAGCAUGAUGAUUGGCCCGAGGGAGUGCAAGUCAAGAUUUUGGAUGGGGGUUAUAGGGGGUGGGAGAAGAAGUAUAGAGGGAGGAAGGAGUUGUUUGAAGGCUUGGGUGGGGAGAAGGGGGAUGUGGUGGGCCUGAGGAGGGAGGGGGUUGCCAAGGACGAGUUGGAUCAGGUGGAGGAGUUGCAUAGUGUAGAACUGAGGAAGGCCAAGGGGGAGUGA